AUGGAGUCUAAGUCCGUGAGAUUCUUGUUGCUUUUCUUUAUGACUGACAUGACUACGGUCGUCAACAGUCAGAGUAAAACUACGGUGAGUUUGUCGUGUUGUGAUAUCUAGGCAGUAGGGUUUACGCACGGUACAUUUACUGGUAAUUUAGGCAAAAGCAAACACUUAAUCAUUUAUAUUGGACAGCUGUAUCAGUUCUCGCUAGAAGACAAGUCUUUCAGCCCUUAUUUUCUCCGUGUUGUACUGCAGGAGGAAACAUAAAGUAAUCUACGUUAUUUAUACUGGCCCAUACAGGAUACCUCGAUCAGUUCUAAACUGUUGUUCCUUCACGUUUAGAAUAAGGACAAUCCCUUAUUGCCCCACGCAGAUCUGGCAGGAUCAAUCCAUGUGUUAGCUACUAGACGAGCUACCUAAUUAACCAAACUCAUGUUAUAUACACUAGACAUUUGACAGCUCUUUGAGUUCUGUUGAAGCAGUUUUCGUUCAACUUCCAGUAUAAGCACCAUCCUGUAGUGCUAAUUGUGUUAUUAUAUCCUCAACAAAUUUUUGUCAUUUCUAUUAGUCUUCUCAGGUGACCUGUGGUUCUGCAGGUAUCCCAGGUAUCCCUGGAAUUCCAGGAAAUCCCGAAAGAGAUGGUUUACCCGGGUCACGUGGUCUUGCAGGUGCGAAAGGGGAGCCUGGAGAGAGAGGCGAUGAUGACGUAGAUCUGGGGAAGUCAAAUUGGAAACAAUGUGUUUGGAAGAGAAACGAUGGCAAAGACACUGGCUUGAUACAGGUUUAAAAAAUUAAAGACUUUGUGCAUUUAAGUAACAGUUCAAAUACGAGACAGAGGAGAUUACCGGGAUUUCAAAGUCUGAAUGCCUUUUUAAAAAGAACCUCAGACGAGCCUUAUUAAGUUCAGGGAUUUUGAAAUCUUUGCAAGUCCAAAAUCGAAUAUUUGAAGCGAAUUCCGUCAAACGUUGUAAUUUACAUAGUGUUAUUUAAAAUCUGAUUUUAAGGUUCUAGUACUUUAGUGUCCUGUAGGAUAUCUUCCUUUGGUUUCUACUGUGAAUUAAUGAGUUUGAGUAGGUUAUUAUUGCAACCGUAUUAUUGCAAAGUUUAAAUGUUUAGUUCACACUUGGUUCAAUUUUCGGCCAAUUUCAAAACGGCGAAUUCUUACAGUGCAACUAAACAUUAACCAUUGCCCUAAUCCAAACCUAAACCCAACAAAGGAAGGCCAAAUCUAAAGAUAAAAUUAUUAUGGUAGUCUAAUCAUAAUCCUGAGUGCUUACUCUAAUUCUAAUCCAAACGUAAUCUCACUUAAUUCAAAUCUUAAACUUUUCAGCCAAUCGUUAAAUUAAUCCCAAACUAACUAUACUCAAAACCAACGUCCUAACCUUAACCUAACCCUUAUCUAAUUCCAACUCUAAUUAAUCCUAACCCUAAUCUAAACCCUGACGUAAAAUUUAAUCCUAACCCUUUGAAGCCUGAUGUAAUCCUUACCCUAAACCUAAUCUUAACCUUAUCCUAAUUACCCUUUGUCUGUUCUGUUCAUAUAGAACUGUACUUUUAACAAGAAAUACGACAACACUUCACUCCGUGUGUUUUACGAAGGUACCCUAAAGACUUCUGGCAGUUAUGUUUGCAAUCGAUGGUAUUUUACAUUUGAUGGUGCAGAACAAGCCCGUAGCUGGCUGAUCAAUUUCUGGGGGGGCACUCACUCCAGAAAGAAUGUAACCGACCGUUUGAGAUGAAAAAAUUUUUUUUCCGGAAUUUAUUUCGGCGACCUCCCCCCCCAUACCCCCCCCGGCGCCAAAAAAAUUUCGCUCAGUGUACCAUUUUAGGGGUCAAAAAUUUUUCCGGACAUACUCCAUUUUUCCGAAACCUAACAAAAUUUUUCAAAAAUCACAAAAUUUUCCACAAAAUUUACAGAAUUUUUUCCAUUAUUACAAUUGGUUCCCAGGCCCUUUAUCUCAAUUUUUCAUACCCGAUUUCCGAGUGGGGGGGAGGGGGGGCACUGGGGGGCACUGCUCCACCGAGUGAGGGGGCAUUGCCCCCCCCCCAGGCCCCCCCAGCUACGGGCCUGGUGCAGAAUGUACAAAACCAGCGACUAUUGAUGGAAUUGUUCACGUCUCCAUAACCCACGAAUACCCCUAUCGUUACCGCCAUAUUGAAAGCUACUGUAACCAGGUUCCUAAAGGAUACAUACGUGUGGGGUUCUGGAUAGGCAAGUGUCAGGGUAGUAGUCUCGGAAGUGGUCAUACCGGUUGGAAUUCCAUGUCUCGUAUUGUGAUUGAAGAAGUACCACCUCCUCAAGCUUGA